UCUGUAAAAGUGUAAAUAUGGCGACCCAAAACAAAUAUAAUUUAAUCAAUUUUAUUAUUAUUGUCUUAAUAAAACUUUUGUAAUUAUCUAAUUUAUUGGUUUAGUUUCUUAUGCUACCGAAUAAUACUCCUUAGCUUCAUAUUAUUAUAGUAUAUAAAAUGGCGGAAUUAAAAAUAUGUAGGAUAUGUUUACGUACAGAAUCGAAAAUAUAUAAAUUCGAUCGAUUCCAGCUCAAGUAUUACUAUGAAGAAAUUAUGGCCUUAAAAGUUAAUAUGGCAGAUGGUCUACCACAAUACUUCUGUUAUGAAUGUGCAACACUAUUACACAAAUUUCACAAGUUCAAGGAAAAAUGCUAUAUUGGACAAAAAGUAUUCAAAGAAAUAUUAUGGAGAGGGCCUAUAACCUAUGAAGCAGUGUACCAAGUAGACAGAAAGGAUAGAUAUCUCCAAUCCUCAUUAGACAUAAUUACUGUAAAUACGCAUAAAGUAAAAACUUAUUUAAUUAAAGUCAAUACCAAUGAUCCUUCAACUGAUGACAAUGAAUUUGAAGCAAUAAAUGAAGAUGAUUGUUAUAGUGACCAUAAAGAUCCAGAUAUUGACCCAGUAUACAAUGAUACAGAUCAUAAUUUAGAGGCAAAUGAACAUAUCAGUGAUAUAGCAGACAUAAAAAAUGAAGUAGAAGAAGAAAUUUUAAGUAACAAAGAAACAGAUAUGAAAUUACCUUGUAGCCCAACAAAUAUUUUUGUAGACGAUAAGAAAGACAUUGUACAAAUUAAAACUAAAGAGAUUAAACUUAAAAGAAAGAAUUCUGUGGUAGCAAUAACACCAAGUAAGAAGAGAAUCUCAUUUAGAGGUAAUAAUAAAAAGACAAAUAUACUUGAGGGUAAAAACUGGAAGAAGAUCACAUUGGCUGAAGAAGAGGCAACUAAAGAAUUCAGAGCCAGAUCUGAGGAUCCAAAGUACAUAGGUGCAGCAUUCAAAUGUACAGAUUGUUUUAAAGGCUUCUCCAAACAGGAGAUGUUAAAUAGGCAUAAAAAGUUAAGGCAUAAUGAGAUAUCUUAUUCCUAUGAAUGUCGCUUCUGUCGUAUGACAUUUUCAAUGGACUGCUAUUUAAGAAAACACAUGCGACAGCACUAUACCAAAUAUCAGUGUCUUCGGUGCGACAGGAUCUGCCCAUUAGAGAGCACAGCUUUGUUGCAUGAAGAAUAUCAUAGUGGUAUCCUGAGGAAAUGCAUUCAUUGCAAUGAAGAAUUUCGGCAUAUGUCAACGUACUACACGCAUUUACGCACGCACAGAAGCGAACACGUGUGCACGCUGUGCGGCGUCUCGUUUGUUAGUGAGGCGGGGCUGCAUCAGCAUAAGAAGGUCAAGCACGUCAGCAAUGAAAUUGAAUGUCCUGAUGAUGAUGAAGAUGACGAAGUCAAUACGUUCUGUGAACGUUGCAACAUACACUUUGAGACGCGGAAGGCAUACAAGGAACAUCUGUUUCAAUCCGUACUACAUGCAGAUGGUGAAAGCAAUGAAUUACAGGAAGAUACAUCAAUACCCCGUAAAGUACUGAGCAAAAAAGAGCAAGCUAAGAUUACAACUGAAUUAAGGAAAAGGAAAUCUGAUCCUGGCCUAGUAAUCACGGGCGCUGUAUCUAAAUCUAGGCGAAGGAAAACUAAACGACUGCGGACCAAGCCUACAACAUGCCACCAAUGUGGGAAACAUUUCGAGACGCAAGCAGCGUGUAUGAAGCACCACACUUCGGAACACCCGCGCACUUCGUUCCGGCCGCCCUCCGAGAGGUACAUAUGUGAAAUAUGCGGCGCGUCGCUAGCGCCUGGAAGUAUAUCUGUUCAUCUGAACAUACACACUCGAGAGAAGGUGCACCCUUGUGAUAUUUGCGGACGGACGUUCCACGCCACCGUCGGUCUGAAGCGACAUCUAGUGACUCAUACGGGUGAGAAGCCUUUCGCGUGCACGCUAUGCGACAAGAGGUUUACACAAAGCAACAGCAUGAAGUUGCACUAUCGCACGUUCCAUCUGAAACAGCCGUAUCCAAAACGAAAUAGAAGAAAAAAGAAAGAUAUUCUACCAGAUAUGGAUGCGGAGGAAUCCAAAAGUGACGAAGAGUCUGACAGUAUGCCCGAGCCGGAGAUCCCCACACAGAAGACGGGUCUCGAACCCGUACCUGUUGCUGCCACUGUGAUGAACGGACAAGAAGAUGAUAUGCACUACUUAACAUUAUCAUAAAGGUCAAUUUAGUUGGUGGCCCAUUUCCCGUUUUGAUACAUUUUUCUAUUGACACCCCGCAGCUGCUAGUCAUAUCAUGAUGUUGUAGUCUAUAUCUUUCCUCAACUAAAAGGCCAUCCAACACUAAAAGAAUUUUGCCAUUAAGACCAUUAGUACCUGAGAUUAACACAAUCACCAGAGGAAGACUGUAAACAUUCGUCUGCGUGGAUACAUUAGUCUGUUUCAGUCGAGAUGCAGCUUGGUUUUUAAGAUGUGUUUCAGUCAGAGUGAGAAUAAAAGAGUAAUAAUUUUUAACUUAGGUGUGUUAAAUUAUUAUUAUUAUAGUGUACUAUUUAAUUAGGUGGUCAUAUACAGUGAGUGAGAUAGCAAAAAAGCGCGCUCCAGUUUGCAACCAGUUUAUUUAUUGUUGCGAUAGCAGAUAGCGCCUUGUGCGCAAAUCAUAUGUGAUGCUAUAGGUAUAACUCAACAUAUGUCUGUCACAUUAUUAACUAUUUGCAGUUGUGAUGGUACAAAUGCAUUAAUAUUUAAAAGGCGCUCGAGGACUGCCGCGGUAAAGCUAUUGCAUAGCAUUUUUUAUCAACUUAUGCAAUUAUAAUUAUUUAUGCAGUAUUAAUUUUUCUUUGAUAUUAAUUUAAGUUGUUUCUUGAUAUUAAUUCAAGUACACUUUUUGAGCGUGGUGACCGAUAAGAAAACAAUUUAUUAUACAGUAAUAAAAUAAUGAUACUUUCUUACAAACUGCUGCUUAUGUAUUCGUCAGAUUUCGGAGCAGCUCGUCUCGAUCUGUGCGAGCUUCGUACAGUAUGUUAGUUGCGUGC